AUGCAAAUAGAAGGGAAAAUCAUUCAAGAAUAUCAAACUUGUAUUUCUUCAUUAAAAAAUAUUGAUUUAUUAGCACAAGUUAAAGAGAAUAUCUCUGAUGGGAUUCAAUUAUUUUAUUUAGUAUAUCACAAAUCACCUCAAAUGAGAUGUAAGGCAAUAACAUUACUAAACAUUUUUAGUAAUUUAUUAUGGCAAAAGUCAUCUGGAAUUAUGAUAGAUGGUGUUGACGUUGAGUUAAAUAUAUUUGAUAAUAUACAACUUCUUGAAUGUCAAAAUUGGUGUUACACAACACUAAAACUUAUAUUAUUAAAUCCAAAUAAAAAAGUAUUUUCAUUUUAUAUCAUUUUCAUUACUCUCUUACAAUUUCAACUACUCAAUAACUAUGACCAGGAAGAUCUUCAGUCUUAUUUCUCUCAUUUCUUUCCAGAAGAAAUUGAUGAAACAACUCAAGAUAAUAUACCAGGCUCUAAGGGUGAAAGUAUCUGA